AAUUUGAACACUAAUCAUCGUCGCAUCCCAAUCCUACUGUUAGAGUUUCGUUUUGGAGCCCUUGUCACCCUGUUGUCUUCCUUUCCUACAAUUCAUCUUGUGAAGUCAGUUGUUUUUUUAUGUUGGAGCAGCAGCAGAGCUAACUUUUGAGUAUUUUGCUGUUAUGUUUGGGUUUCUUUUACGGGACCGAGGAUAUGUAUGGGUUCCUAACAUUCCACAAUUUUACAUUGUAGGUGCACGCAACGAAUGGGCUACAGCUUUGCAUUUCAUUUUUCCGUGUGAAAACUCAUUACAAUUGUUUUUCUUUUUUCUUGUCUGUGACUGUCAGAAAUAAUUGUACACGACUGUCAGAAUUUUUUUACUGGCUAUUCGUUUGUCCUCGAGCAGCAGCUGCCCCACACCUGCUAUCAAAACGAAACGGGUGUUUACUUUCAUCGCUUCCAUGUCCUUUUGAACUUUGACAAUCUCUGAUUAGACCUUGCCGCACUGUACUCGCUUGACGAUCACUGCUCUUUAUAAAGAAUACUCUGCAGAGUUGCAACGUUACCGUGACGAUGGGUGUGGAGACCCUUCUGCAGCUCUAACCCAGGGGUCUAAGCCAAAAAUUGCAUUUACCGAUAAUCGACAUUUUGAAGAUAGAGAAUUUCAGCAGUGGAGUGGGAAAUGUGUGGCAGAGAAGAGAUGUUGCGGUGAUCAUGAGGAAAACUUACUCCGGCAGUUGCUCUUCUAUACAGGGCAUGAAUUCUAGACUACAGGCAGAGGAAAUUAUGGAGAGUUGGAGUGGUUGAUUGGGGAGCCGACAGUUAUUUAGGAAGUUACAGCGACAGGGGCAUCAGUUCUUGCUGGCGGCAUACGAUUAUAUUGAGAUGGCUUCGAAGAGAGAUAAUGCCUCGCUAGUCCAGGAUUCCUCGACGCAAGGCGUCACUACGAUCAACCAGCAGGAUACCAAUCUGGAGCACCAUGACAGCGGCAUUAACGACAACCAUGAGUCUCCGGUGAAACCUACAGGAAAAUCAGAGUGUGUAUUUGAUGAGAACAAUUUCAAGGGCCUUGAUGGAGAAGAAGCUGUUCCGGAUCAAUCUCCUGUUGAGGAGGUGGCCCUCACGGUGUCUACUCUUGAUGACCCAUCUACCCCAGUGUAUACGUUCCGAAUGUGGACAUUGGGAAUUUUAUCAUGCGCUAUCCUUGCGUUUCUCAACCAGUUUUUUGCUUACCGUGCUGAGCCACUUAUCAUCAGUGCAACUUCUGCUCAAAUUGCAGCUCUGCCACUAGGGCGUUUCAUGGCGGCAACUUUACCAACAACAAAAUUUAAAGUUCCAUUCACUAAUCUGGAGUGGACCAUGAAUCCUGGACCUUUUAACGUGAAGGAACAUGUGCUCAUAACCAUAUUUGCAAACUCGGGUGCUGGAGGCGCUUAUGCUAUUUCAAUUGUUACCAUUGUGAAGGCUUACUACAAGAAAAAAAUCACAUUCUUUGUAGGAUUGCUAAUCACCAUAACGACUCAGAUGAUUGGAUAUGGGUGGGCGGGGAUAUUUCGGGAUUAUCUGGUGAAACCUGCUCAAAUGUGGUGGCCUCAAAAUCUUGUACAAGUCUCUCUUUUCAGAACUUUACACGAAAAGGAUCCUCGACCAAAAGGGGGUGUAACCCGCAUCCAAUUCUUCCUCAUAGCGUUGACCUGCAGCUUCGGUUACUAUGCCCUUCCCGGCUAUAUGUUUGCCAUGUUGUCAUCGUUAUCAUGGGUCUGCUGGGCAUGGCCCCAUUCUGUAAGGGCUCACCAAAUCGGAUCAGGAUUGAAAGGGCUAGGCGUUGGUGCAAUUGCGUUUGAUUGGGCGACCGUUUCAUCUUAUCUUUUGAGCCCACUUUCUACACCUUUCUUUGCUAUAGCAAACGUAUUUGCUGGUUUCUUAUUCGUUAUGUAUGUGAUUACUCCCAUCGCUUACUACAACAAUCUUUACAGUGCGAAGAAGUUUCCUAUAUUCUCAGGCAUGUUCUUUAGAAGUGAUGGCCAGCGAUAUGACAUCAACAAGGUUAUUGAUGAAAAUUUCGCACUAAAUGAGGCUGUCUACGAUGAGUAUGGGCAACUGCAUCUGAGCACAUUCUUCGCUUUUACUUAUGGAGUUGGAUUUGCUGCUCUUACGGCCACUCUGUCGCAUGUUAUCCUUUUUCAUGGCUGGGAUAUAUGGCAAAGGAGCAAGUCGAGCUUAAAAGAAAAGCCUGAUGUACACACUCGGUUAAUGAAAAAUUAUAAAGAAGUUCCUCAAGCGUGGUUCCUCGGGAUUUUGGGUGUGAUGAUUCUUGUCUCCAUUGUAGCAUGCGAAGUGUACAAUGAGCAGCUACAAUUACGAUGGUGGGGAGUGCUUCUUGCAUGUGGACUGGCGUUUUUCUUCACACUUCCUAUUGGGGUGAUCACUGCUGUUACUAAUCAGACACCUGGGCUUAACAUAAUUACUGAGUACAUGAUCGGGUACAUAUACCCUGGUAGGCCUGUCGCGAAUGUGUGCUUCAAGACGUAUGGAUAUAUCAGUAUGACUCAUGCUGUCUCUUUCCUCGCUGAUUUUAAGCUGGGCCACUACAUGAAAAUUCCUCCACGUGCUAUGUUUCACGCUCAGGUACUAAGUCUUAAUAUUCUGCAUCUUCCAGGCCCUGUUCUUUUUUAUAACUUGUACAAAUUGAAUUCUUCGCCGGAUAGGUCUAAAAUCAUUGACGUUCGGCAUCACUCAAAGUUGCUUGGAACAGUGAUCGCUGCAGUCUUGAACCUUGGCACUGCAUGGUGGUUAUUAACAUCCGUCCCAGACAUAUGUCAACAAGAUCUUCUUCCUGCCAAUAGUCCUUGGACGUGUCCUGGUGACACCAUCUUCUAUGACGCAUCAGUGAUAUGGGGUCUCAUAGGGCCCAAGCGUAUGUUCGGUAGUCUUGGACUCUACAAUGCUGUAAACUGGUUCUUCUUGUUUGGAGCUCUGGCACCAGUUCCAUUCUGGGUAUUGCACAAGAUCUUUCCAGACAAGAAGUGGAUCACUUACAUUUACACUCCUGUUCUUAUAGGAGCGACUGGGAUGAUGCCCCCUGCCACAGCAGUGAACUACACAUCGUGGUUCUUAAUUGGUUAUAUCUUCAAUCAUUUAGUGUUUAAAUACCGAAAGGGAUGGUGGCAGCGCUACAAUUAUAUUCUCUCCGCUGCUCUUGACGCAGGACUAGCAUUUAUGGGGGUGCUUCUAUAUUUUGUGCUCCAGCUAGAAGAUAAAAAUAUGUCUUGGUGGGGUGAAAACCUUGAUAAUUGUCCACUUGCAGCCUGCCCUACCGCUCCCGGAGUGACAAGAAAUGGUUGCCCUGUUUUCUAAGAUGAGUCGGUGUAAUUACUUGCUGGGUUGUAUAUGCUGGAGUCGGUUCUUACGAUGACCCCAUCUGUAUCCAUCGUCUUAAGCGGCUCCAUUCAGUUGAGCUUGCUAAGGCAGCCCUUGUACUAUUGUAUGAAGUGAGCAUGAGCCUUACAACUCAUCAGCACAAAUAUUCAAAUUUAAACGUAUCAUUCUUUUUCCAGCCACACUCAUACUGUUGUUGUGGAAAUAAUUCACAAUUUCAAAUAAAGUAGGUUUUUUUAAAAGUAAGUCUUUCACUAUCACGAUAGGAAUAUCACAGUAUUGUACAGAAUGAUGUAUAUUACUUGUAUUUAAAGUUAUCCAAUAAUAGAUUUUAAUUAAUGGCA